UUGAUCCUAGUUGCGGCCGUGCUGGCUUCGAUUUCGUCGAUCGAUCGUUGCGACGCCUCCGAAAGCAUAAUAGUGUGCAGGAAUGGGAACGUGCGCGAGGGAACCGAGAGAGGAACGUUACGACGAUGGCUUCUCGCUGACCUAACACGACGCGGCUGGGGAAAGGCUGGCCGAACCGUCUCGACCUCUCGUAGAUAUAUGACCUUCGAUGCGCGCACGAUCGAUCCCACCGGAUAUCGAUAGCUGUGUAUCACGAAGCCGAGAGACCUGCGACGUCGAGGGAGAAGACUUCACCGUCGACAAGAUUCCCAACACCAGGUGUUUCAAUUGCUUGUGCAAGAACGGUUUCGUCGAGUGCAGGAAGCAGCAAUGCCCGAGCAUCGAGGGUUGCUACACGUUGCUGGAGCCACGCGAGGACGAGUGCUGUCACAGGUGUAAAGGUUGCACGCGGAACGGAGUGUACCAUGGAUCGGAUACCGAAUGGACCGAGGGGAACGAGCCGUGCAGGAUCUUCACCUGCAAAGCCGGGGUAAUCACCGAGUCCCGAUUGCACUGCUACACGCCUUGCGCGAAUCCUAUACCGCCAGCACCGGGUCAGUGUUGCCCGAUGUGCGCCGGAUGCCACGUGAACGGGCAAAUGGUGACGGCGGACAGAUCGGUGACCACGACCGAGGACCCCUGCGUGACUUGCAGAUGCAACUCUGGCCGGCUGACCUGCGCGAAACAGGCUUGCCCGGUGAUGCAUUGUCCUGUCUCGAGAAUCGUCCACGAUCCCGGCGAAUGUUGUCCACGUUGCAAAGGCAGCGGAAGAUUCUUGACACCGCCGAAAGGUGCGUGCAUGCUGGGAAUGGGUGUCUACAACUCCGGCAAUCAGUUCUAUUUGGAUCAGUGCACGCGAUGCAGCUGCUCCAAUUCCGCCGUCUCCUGCGUCCGAGAGACCUGUCCCGUGCACGAUUGUCCCGCCGAACACCAGAUCUCUCUACCGGGUCGUUGCUGUCCCCAGUGUCCCGAGGUCGAGGAGGCUCGGCCGUCUUGCACCUAUGCCGGCAAAACUUACGGGGAUGGCGAAACUUGGAAGCUUGACUCGUGCAAGGCAUGCGCCUGCAUGCAAGGUAAAGUACGAUGCGCGAUGCCCAUGUGUCCACCGUUGAAUUUGCCCUGUCCACCCAACUCGAGGCUGGAACAUCCGGAAGGCCAGUGCUGUCCUCGUUGCGUCGAAAGUGACGGUGUGUGCACGGUGUUCGGGGAUCCGCACUACCGCACCUUUGACGGCAAAUUUUACAGCUUCAAGGGAGCCUGCAAGUACCAGUUGGCCAGCGAUUGCUCGGGACACACGUUCAGCGUUCGAGUGACCAACGAUGCCAGGUCGACGAAAUCCUCCGCUUGGACGAAAACCAUCGCGAUCAAGGUGGGCGAUUUGAAGGUGAAUCUCGGUCAGAAGAUGCGAGUGAAGGUAAACGGGAAGAAGGUGGAGAUACCGUAUCGCGUGGCGAACCGGCUAGACGUGAAUCGAACGGCGGAUAGCAUAAUCGUGAGCACGCAGAUCGGAAUCAAGGUUCUCUGGGACGGGAUCAGUUUUCUCGAAGUAUCCGCGCCAACUUCGUACAGGGGACGGCUCUGCGGUCUCUGCGGCAACUUUAAUUCCCUGCCUAAGGACGACUUUACCAAUCGUCGGGGCAGACUGUUGCAGGAUCCUCAGCCGUUCGGUCAGUCCUGGCUGGUCGGAACGAAAAGAAGCUGCCUAAGAACGAAGCCGAUCGCGAAUCUGGAUCGGAACAGGCGUUGCAGAAAACGAAAGGAUCACCGGUUGUGCAACAGGCUGAGAUCGCAGAUCUUCGACGCUUGCCACAAGAAGGUGAACCCGACCAUGUACUACAAGGCUUGCCUGCAGGACAUGUGCGAGUGUCCGACCGAGAACUGCUACUGCGAAUCGUUUACCGCGUACGCGCACGAGUGCAAGAGGUUGGGCAUUCAGCUGCCGCACUGGCGAAAAUCGACCAGAUGUCGAACCGGUUGGGACCAGUUCUCCAGUGCCGGGGCCUCGCUCGGUCCGCGUUUUCCUUGAUCGCGUCCCUUCUUCGUCCUUUCUCUCGGGCAUCGAGCCGAGAGUAGAGGGUGUGCGUGUCCCGAGUGUGUGCGCGCGCGCGCGUCUGUGUUUGUACGAAAGCGAACGAGAGAGUACGAUAAAGCGAGUGUGUGCGCGUCCGCGCGUGUGUGUGUGUGUGUGUGUGUGAGUGAGUGAGUGUGUGAGUGAGAGAGAGAGAGAGGGAGAGAAGAGUCCGAAUCCGAGUAGCAGUCACCGACGAAGAUCGCGAUCGAUGGCGAGAAAACGAUCGUUUGCGCCCUCCCUUUUUUCCUCGCUCUCUGUCCGCCGUUCGUUGUCGGAUGGAAGCGGAUUCGCGAGCGACCGCUUCGCGAAAUUCUCAGCUAGUCACCGUUUGUCGAUCGCGCCGAACGAUACCGAUUUGCGCGUGCGCCGAGCAAACGCACCACCGUACAACCUUUUGUACACUCGCGUUCCCCCGUCGACGAUCGCUUUUCCCCUCGUCGUCAUCGUCGUCAUCGUCGUCAUCGUCAUCGUCGUCAUCGUCGUCAUCGUCGUCGCCAUCGCGAAUACGUCGUCUUCCUCCUCUUCUCAUCGCGAUCCUUUUCGGAGCUCGGACGAUUCCGAAGCACCGUGCAGUAUUUCGGCCGAUGAGCAGGCUCGCGGCAUACCGUCUAACGUCCCAGCAUUUCCACACGCGCUCGACCGUGCGUUUGUUAAAUCCACGAUAUUCGUAGAUUUCAGCCGACACGCGUAUAAUCCCUCCUCUUCCUCUUCCAAAGCUUUUCUUUUUAUUAUUAUU